AUGGCAGAUGGAGUUAUGAUUCUUCCUGUGCUGAUCAUGAUGGCGUUUCCCUCCCCGAGUUGGCAAGAUGAUGAACUGAAGCUAAAUGUGGUCCGCUACGAGUGUGUGUGUGAAGGCAUGUCCUGUGGGAAUGGAGAUCGUUGCCAAGGCCAGCAAUGCUUUGCUUCCCUGAGCAUUAACGACGGUGCUAAGGUUUACCAGAAAGGCUGCUUCCAAGUCUACGAACAAGGGAAAAUGACAUGCAAAACCCCUCCGUCUCCUGACCAAGCCGUUGAGUGCUGCCAGGGGUACCUGUGCAACAUGAAUAUCACUGCGCAGUUGCCCUCUUCUAAAGGGCAAACCUUUCAAGGAGAAGCUGCAGGUUACAGCAUGGAAACACUAAUUAUUGUUAUACUGGCUCCUGUGAUAGUGUUGAUAGUUUUUUCUGCAGUAGCUGUGCUGAUCAUCCGGAGAAUACAGAAAAACCAUAUGGAGAGGCUGAAUUCUAGAGAUGCAGAAUAUGGCACAAUUGAGGGACUCAUCGCAUCAAAUGUUGGAGACAGCACGUUGGCAGAUUUACUGGACCAUUCCUGCACAUCUGGAAGUGGUUCUGGACUUCCUUUCUUGGUACAAAGAACGGUGGCUCGCCAGAUCACGCUUGUAGAGUGUGUAGGAAAGGGCCGUUACGGAGAAGUUUGGAGGGGUCAGUGGCAAGGAGAAAAUGUUGCUGUGAAGAUCUUCUCUUCCAGGGAUGAAAAAUCCUGGUUCAGGGAAACUGAAUUGUACAACACUGUAUUGCUGCGGCACGAAAAUAUUUUAGGUUUUAUUGCAUCUGAUAUGACUUCCAGAAACUCUAGUACCCAGUUGUGGUUAAUUACCCACUACCAUGAGAUGGGCUCUUUGUACGACUAUCUACAGCUCACUACCCUGGACACGGUCAGCUGCCUGCGCAUAGUACUGUCCAUCGCUAGUGGUCUUGCACAUUUGCACAUAGAGAUAUUCGGGACGCAGGGGAAGCCUGCCAUUUCGCAUCGGGACUUGAAGAGCAAAAAUAUCCUCGUUAAGAAGAACGGACAGUGCUGUAUAGCGGAUUUAGGCCUUGCAGUUAUGCACUCCCAAAGCACGAAUCAGUUGGAUGUGGGGAACAAUCCCCGUGUGGGUACCAAGCGCUACAUGGCUCCAGAAGUCUUGGACGAAACCAUCCAGGCAGACUGCUUUGACUCCUAUAAAAGGGUCGAUAUCUGGGCGUUUGGGCUGGUCCUUUGGGAAGUAGCUAGGCGCAUGGUUAGCAACGGUAA